GAAGGAGCGAUUUAGUUUUGUACGUUAUUUUUUUUCUCCCCCUAACUAAUUUUCUCCACUUUUUGUUUAUUUUUGGCGUCUGAGAGGGAAGAGAAACGCUGACAAUGAACGUGAUUUUGUCACUCGCAGUCCUGUGCCUCGCCUUAAAUAACGGAAUGGGAGCACCCACCACAGCUAGAUAUAUGUUUGUGAAGUGUAACCCCCAUGAUACAGAUGCCAACUGUCAGACUUACCAUAGUCCGGUGGUGCAAGUGACUUCAGACCUGCCAACCAGACUUCCUGUCUCAGCCGCACCGUACUUAAAGGCGACGCCUGUGGAGGAGGAGGAUAGGCCCAUUGAAGGGAAGGAAGAAAAGACAAGCUGGUUUCAUCUUGAAGAAGGUUCUGGUAUCUUAGAGGGCUCUGCGGUUGAACCUUCAUUCGUGGAUGACCGGAUUUUUGCUACAGUUGAACCUGAGCCCGGCUCUGGGGCGGCUUUGACCUAUUAUGACAUGAUCGGGCUGCUCCAAGGUAUGCAAGGGGAUGAAGCAAGACCACCAGCACUGGACUUAAGAGAGGACAAUCUGCUGCAGCUGUAGACUCUCUCUCUCUCUCUCUCUCUCUCUCUCUCUCUCUCUCUCUCUCUCUCUCUCUCUCUCUCUCUCUCUCUCUCUCUCUCUCUCUCACACACACACACACACACACACACGGAUGAUAUCUGUUGUGUAUCCAUUCAAAGACAAACAUUAAAUGAAAAGUACAACCGAUACAAGAUUGUCUUGGCCAAUCACAAGUUGAGAUGAAUUAUUUUUUUCAAAUUCCAAAUGCGAUUAUUGUGAAUCAGAUUCUCUCUGUCAGCAGCUCUUCAGGAGCAGAAUAACAUUAAACAAUGGUGAGACACUUGUCAACAUAAAGAAAAGGCUCAAGUCAAGGCCAAAGACAUACACUCUUGUGAAUGAAUAGCUUUAUUGGUAAUUACCUGUGUUUACCUCUUCACUUUAAAAAGUUUCCUCCUUUUGGAACUGACUGCAGUAAAAGUUGAAAUAUGUCUUUGCCAUACAAGUUUUGGAAUAGUCUUUUCUAAAAGUGUAAGAUCAGUGCAAUAGUAUAGUGCCUCUGUAUGUCCAUCGGUAGUUCUAAGCCAUUUUUUGACCUUGACCUUGACCCUCCCUCUGCACCACUUUUAAAACCCAACCCCCCACUGACCCAUCCCUAAAAGCCUCACCCCCCAUAGCAACAUGUGGUUGGGAACAUGUUGCACACGUGCCUUUCAGACACACCAAGAUGACAAUUGAUUAUGUAAUAUAGACAUAUAAAAUUAGGAUCCCUUUGUCUGAAUUUUCCACAUGUUCCCCCCUUGUAUCUUUUGGGGACCAUCCAGAGGGUCGUGUACUCAAUGUUGAGAACUGCAAGUCUGGAAAGAUGCACAGGAGAGUCUUGAUAAUCCAAAAAUCAUUGAAGCAACAAAGACAAUCCGAGCAGCAUAUUACAUUGUGCUUUUGCUUGCAGAGGGAUCACAAAAGUGAUCACAAAAAGAACAUGAAUUUUUCAUAAAUAUUGUCAGCAAACUGUAUUCACAAUGGAUAUUGUUGGUGUGGAUGAACAAAGGUCUGCUGUACUGUGAUCACUGUCAGACACCUGCUGAAAACGUGGAGUUUGGGACAUGGUGGGACUCCUCAAAUUUCACAACAUGUAUCCUGUGGUUUACAAAAGGUAAAAAGUAACAAUAUGACAGAGCAACUGUAUAUGGAUACAGAACCUUUACGUGAAGUCUACACAUUCCGGUUUAGCUAGUUGACUAAUACACGUAUCAAAAAUCACGUCCAACAAGUCCCAAACUAAAAAAAUUUUUUUAAAAAAAGUCCUUUUUAACGAAAAUGAACAAGUGUAAGGAGUACACGGUGGAGUAUGAUUACAUAGUAUGUAAUACAGUGCUUGGCAUUUCAAGAAAUAAAGCAAUUGUUACUCUGCUUUUCAAGUCCUUAAUGAAAGAUCCCACUGCUCCCAUGUGUACGCUGCCGCAUCUCUGACUCCAGUGUUACUGCAAAUGGAGGAGACAAGGGCAUGAAUGAACUGCUCUUCUGAGAAGGGCUGCGUUCAAUUCGCUUUCAAUUCAACCAACUGAAAAAGAUUUAUUAAAAAAAAAUCUUACUUUUUGAGUAAGUUUAGUUGAAAAUGACUUGAACCUCCUCUGCUUACAGAAUUUACGUUUAUACCUGUCUGAGUUGAAACAGUAGUUUCUACAUUUUAAAUCAAUGCUUUGUAUAUAACUUGCAAGAAGUUGGAGAAAUGUGUUUUGAUGCAAUUCACAACAUGGUUAAAUAGAUUGUAUAAUCUCACCCUUCUCCAAAAUAAAGGGAAUAUGUAUGUAAUGUAGUGCUUUCAAUAAAAAAGUGAACUUUUAAUAUAUUGAUUAUGGGAUCACAUUCGGUUUAAAUCAAUGCUGAAUGUAUUUCAAGUUAUAAGAACAAUAGAGACACGAAUUACUUUUCUCUGACAGUUUAUCAGCAUGACAAGUUAUCGCUCUGCUCCUCUGUUCCUUGAAUAUAAGUCGCAGAUUGGAGAUUGUAUGGAUAAUGCAAUUAAACUGCUUUCAUCACCC